AUGAUGGAGGACUUCAACAGUGAGACAGACAGUGACUACACUAGCUACUGGAGAGACUGGUUCGUCUCCUCGCGGGGAAAUGAGUACUUCUGCGAAAUUGAUGAAGAUUACUUGACCGACCGGUUCAACCUGACGGGCCUGAAUACCGAAGUUCCAUACUAUCAAUAUGCGCUGGACCUUGUAACCGAUGUAUUCGACCUUGAUGCCGAUGAUGAUCUCCGAGAGCAGAUCGAGAAGUCCGCUCGCCAUCUUUAUGGAUUGGUUCAUGCUCGUUAUAUCGUGACCACUCGCGGGUUGGCAAAAAUGCUCGAUAAAUACAAGAAGUGCGACUUUGGGAAAUGCCCACGUGUCUUAUGUGAUGGACACCCACUUUUGCCUAUGGGUCAGGCCGAUCUCGCCAACUCAACCACCGUCAAACUCUACUGCCCUAAAUGCGAGGAUAUCUACAACCCCAAAUCCUCCCGUCAUGCCUCAAUCGACGGUGCUUACUUCGGUACCUCGUUCCACUCUAUUCUCUUCCAGGUAUACCCCGCCUUGAACCCUGAGAAGAGCCUCCGCCGUUAUGAGCCCCGUAUCUAUGGCUUCAAGGUACACGCAGCUGCCGCUCUCGCGCGCUGGCAAGACGGCCACCGGGAGGACCUCCACUGGCGUCUAAGCGAAUUUGAUAUGGUCCACAAGUUCGUCGAAGAGAGUGAGAGUGAAGAUGAAGCUUUCGAGUACGGCGAGGAGGCAUCGAAAGCAAAGACCGAAAAAGUCGCCGGAGAUGCGGCCUCCGGUCGCAUGGAUCUUGGCAACUAA